AAGAGUUAAAUCAGGUUGACUCUUUCUCCCUGCUCUGUAUGGUCGGGUACCAACCAAUGUCCUAUCAGUAUGUGCGCAUCAAGAUCGCUUUUACCUUUUUGCGAGCGAGGAGGGAUUCCUAGGAGUAUAAAACGAGUACAGUGAUCCUCGGUUGCGUCCUGCUAACCCGCGCAGAACCAGCAACACCGGUUAACAGCUAUUCCAUCAACGGGGAGAGCAAUGGCUUCGAGUACAACAGCAACAUCAUCAACGGUGCCUACGUACCCAGUAAAGAAGGCCACAGAGAAAAUAUGGACUUUUACGGUGGGGCAAAUAGUGGACACUCGUUGACCAACAGCAGGGGCCAAGCGAGCCACGAGGAAAGUUUGAGAAGCAGCUCUUACACCGGAUUCUCACCGAGUUCCCACAACGCUGGUUUCCCUAGUAGUUACACUAGUAGUACCGCCACUCGCGAGAAUCUCGCCUCGGUCCCUUACAUCCCCAGCAACGCUGCCCAGUCCAGUUUCGACAAUUACAAUAGCAACAGCAACAAUGGGGAUUCGACUUUCGAAGCAUACACGCAGGGCAGCGAUCAAGUUGCGUCGGAUUUCGAUCAACUCUCCGGCACUAACAGGCACAAGAAUCUUUCUUACAUGAGAUUUUCCGAUAACGUGGCCGGUGCCACUAGUACAGGAAACUAUCCGGAACUGGGCACAGAAGCUUCCACCUUCAGAGGCGACUAUUCUGGAGAUCCUUUCAGGGGCCACACGUCUCAAAGCGCAGGAUUCAUGGACAGUGUCGAUCCAACUUUCUCCAAUUUCUUCGGCACCACCAACGGCGACUAUUCGUACGGGAAGCACAAGGAGAAUGCUUUCGGAGGGAGCAGCAGCAAGUUUGUGAAUGAGAUCUACUCGAUGCAUCCUGAAACUCGCUACGUGCGAGGAAGUCACGGGAGUAUGAGCCGCGAUUAUCCCUCUUCCAUGUUCUUCUCCAACUCUGGGAGUAGUCCUUUCAGCAACGUUCGAGGCGCUGCAGCAGCAGCCUAUGGUUCCGGUAAAUACAAGUAUAACAAGUAUCUGGGUGAUUACACCUCCACUGCAGGUUUGAACUAUCUCUCCAGGGAGCAAGACAUUGAUCACUUGCUUAAUAAUUACGGUAAAAGCGGUGGGAAACUGGCUACGAUUAAAGAAGCCAGGCCAAGCAGUAUUACCAGUCAAGUUUAUCCUGGACCUUCGUACCUUAGUAAGAUUGUUGGUGGUUACAAAAGUAAACCAAGCAUUAUGAACCUGUAUCACAGCAGUUCACCAAUUGGUUAUUCGUCGAUGUCCGGAUUACACAGUAGCUUCAGCGGUAACAGUUACGCGGAUGGCCCAUUGUUGAGAAGAUACCGGAGCAGCAGCAGCUAUGUGCCAGGAUAUGCCAGUACAUACUCUGGUUAUUAUUGAUAAGCUCUCAAUGAGCUGGGCAAGCGUGAUGAAAGUACGUUACGUUACGUUAUUGUAUAUAUUUAUUGUAUGAAGUAUUUAAUUUUAAUGUUAAACAUUGUUUAUACUUGUCGUUUAAAAUAAAA